AUGACAUCUGUCACUGACGACAACGGUGCAAACAGGAGCAGGUCUAUAUCAUAUCUCGUGGUCGGUAUAAACACCAUAGAAGAGAGCAAAAAGAUUUUCAAAUUCUUGAGGUUGAAUGGAUAUAAAGACGUGUCCCUUUUCCACGACUUUCCUGAGAUCAAAGGAACGGAAAUGUCUAUUACGACACAAGAGCCAAGAACUGAAAGACAUCCUUUCUCCCGUAUUUUGGGACUUCCAAAUACAUUUGGCAGGAUAUCUUAUCGCACCUCCAAUGAUGAACUGUUGACAGAUCAAGAAAGCUCAUCGAGAACAUCAACAGAGGAACAAAGAGGUACUGGUUUUUGUUGCGUUUUGUGUGGCAAAAUUCGACCGUUGCUCGAUGCUCGCAAUGCGCCUAAGAAGUUGGAGCAAAAUGUUAUAUUCCUUUCUUGUUUACUGAUGGAAAACGCUAUCGAUAUGUAUACGGCUACCAAGCUCUAUAAGGAGACGCUUGUCACCUUCAGACGCCUCUGCCAGAAGCACUUUAUUCGCGCUGCCGCUUUCAUUGGGCGAGAGAUAAAGAAGAUGUCAGGACUAUUCCCUGUUUAUGGACUUCAUAAUGUAUCUAAAAACGUACUCGAGAUCUUCCUGGCACAUUUACAAGUAUUCGCAGAUUGUCUUGAUGAGAAAGUCAUUCUGGGAACAUAUGAUGUAAUAAGAUUUUUCAACGAUUGCUUAGCAAGGUAUCAUAGUGCGGACGACUGGGGUGUCGCCGAAAUGCAGGAGUUUGCGCAUAAGUCGCGAAAGCGAAAAGAGUUAUCUCCGUUAGCAGAUGUUCCCGAAAAGGUCAGACCUCCAAGCCAAACCGGGGCUGUCAUGAAACCGAUUUCGACUACAGAUUAUGCUCAAUCGCCACUAUAUAAUGAAGCGAAAGAAGAACCGGUGGAUUUCGAAGAAAUAUCGGCUACAGACCUGUUGUUGAGUCAGUCUGCUCCAUCUUCAAGCUCUUCGAUGUCGUUCGACUCCCCAUCAUCUACGAAUAAAGAUUAUGCUCAAUCGCCACUAUAUAAUGAAGCGAAAGAAGAACCGGUGGAUUUCGAAGAAAUAUCGGCUACAGACCUGUUGUUGAGUCAGUCUGCUCCAUCUUCAAGCUCUUCGAUGUCGUUCGACUCCCCAUCAUCUACGAAUAAAGCUGUAACACUCACUGCCAAUGGCGAGGAAUGUGAAAAACAGCCAAUCAAAGAUGGCACUGAGCCGGGGAGCUCGACUUCCGAAACGGUGCGAAACAACUUCGAGAACUCAUCUACAUUUACAAGCGAUUGCUCGACUAGUUUGGAUUCAUACGAUGAUGAAAAGUUUCGGCAACGUUUUCGAAUGUCGCGGUAUACGUUCGAAGUGCUAUGCAAUGCUUUGGAGCCAUGGUUGGGUCCUCGAUGGAAGCACACAACGAAAAGCUCAACCGCCAUCAGAGUCGGCACAGCACUCGAAAUCAUGGCAGGGAAGAUAUCUCCAAAAGAAGGACUAGAUCCGACGGGUGCAGAGAUUUUCUCUAAUGUAUUGGAUGCGUUGUUGGAUUGGUCUGGGAAAGCGAUUCAGUGGCCCAGUGAGGGAGAACGGGAGCGAAUCAGUAAGAGUUUCUUCGAAAUGAGUGGUGUGGAUGGAAUUGUUGGCUGUGUUGACGGAACCGUAGUAGACCUUCUGAAUCCUACGGAUGCAUCAAAUAGUAACUGCCAGGCUCUCAAUGUCAGCGUGAUAACGGAUGAUCAAAUGAUGAUUCGUUGGGUUUUUGCGAAAUAUCGAUCCGACGUUGACGAUAAUACGGUAUUCAAAAGAAGUUUGCUUUGUGAGCAACUUAGAGAUGGCACAAAGAAGGGAAUUCUCGUUGGUGAUGACGCCUAUGUUGACGAACCAUUUCUUUUAACGCCAAGUUCACAGUUCGAUCCGGUGCGAGCAGACAAACUGAGGGAAGUGCAUCGCAUAGCGCAAGAAACGAUUGUCAAUUGGAAAAGGCAAUUUCCGAUCCUUUCUAGUAAUAUGAGGUCAUCAAAAGUGGCAAGGAUCAUAGUAGGAUGCGCUGCCUUGUACAAUCUCACAAGGCUUGAAGGUGAACCGGUUUUUGGAGAAGACGAAGAUGAAGAGGUGCAAAUAAUCGGGUAG